ACAGCGCCGGCAGCAGACACCUCACCUGGACGAAGACAGCACCUGGACCCAAUCUUCCACCCCAGACCUUCAGCCCCAGAGCCUCUGCAGUUGGGAUCCCAGCCCUCAGCCUGCAGGACCCUGGCCCCGGACCCGACUUGAGACGGCUGCCAUGUCAGGCCCCUGCUGGCCCCUCACCCUGGCCCUGGCCCUGAUCCUGACCAAUGUCCUGGGGGGCCAUGCUCAGCCUGAAGCAGUGAUGGUGGCUGAGGGUCCCGGCCUGGAUGACCUCCUGCAGCAGGCAGAGCGCCUGCUCCUCCUCCAGGAAGACCUCCAGGGGCUGCCAGGAGUGCCCGUGGAGCAUGAGUCUCAGGUCCUGCAGCCCGACUGGCUCUCCAAGCGUCAGCACCCAGGCAAAAGGGAGGAGGACACCAAGGAGGGGCCCGAAGAGGAGGAGGAGGAGGAAGGCGGUGCCGCGGGUCCCCAAAAGCGGCAGCAUCCUGGCCGGCGCUCACCUUGGCUGGAAUACGUGAUCACUAAGAGGCAGCACCCAGGCCGAAGGCUGGUGGAUCCCCACAGCCAGAGGAGCUGGGAAGAAGAGGAUACAGAGGAGGACAGAGAGGGGGCACCAAUACCCAAGAAGCGCCAGCACCCUGGCAAGAGGGCCCUAGGAAGGCCAUGUGGGCCCCAGGGUGCCUGUGGCCAAGCCAGCCUCCUGCUGGGGCUCUUGGAUGACCUGAGGCAGAGCCGGGGGGCCCACGAGAAGCGGCAGCACCCAGGGCGGCGAGCGUCCUGGGCUAGGGAGCCCAUUGAGGCAUGAGCACCGCUUCCUGGGCCUGGAGUUGGGGUCAGAGGACAUCUGACCCACGGCUCUUCAUAACCCCCCCAGCCCCUCCUUAGAUCCCAACUGCACACCUGAGCCCCUCCCUUCAGGGACACAACAGCCAGAUGAGAAGGAAAAAACCCAUGUUGCCCACAACUGAGUCCCUUUCUUCCACCCUAUCUAAGGGAUCCCUACAGAGGGCAGGUGCCAAGACGUCCAUGUCCAGCUCCUGUCCCCUGCUGCAUGUAGCCAGACUCCUGGUGGCGCAUGCCCUUCCCCAGCACCCCCCCAGGCUCCUCCCAUAGGAGGGCAGAGCCUUUCCGUGCUGCACUCCCUUGGAACAUCACUCUAGGAAACUCCAGAGCUGCACGUGGCUAUGGAAGUAGAGGUGUUCGGGAACAGAUGUCACCCUGGAAGCCGUGGCUCGUGUGUAGCCCUCUAGGCACCCUGCCCUCUCCCUAUCAUCCCAGUGACAAU